UACCCUCUCUCUCUCUCUCUCUCUCUCUCACAGGCUUUCGACACAGAGGGUUUAUGCAAUGGCAGAUGCAGAAAGUCCAGCUGGUGGAAGCCACGAAAGUGGUGGCGAACAGAGUCCACAUGGUUCUUCUUCUGCUGCGCGUGAACAAGAUCGUUACUUGCCUAUAGCUAAUAUAAGCAGAAUCAUGAAAAAAGCUUUACCUUCAAAUGGAAAAAUUGCUAAGGAUGCUAAAGAUACCAUGCAAGAAUGUGUUUCUGAAUUCAUCAGUUUUAUUACCAGCGAGGCAAGUGAGAAAUGCCAGAAAGAGAAGAGAAAGACCAUUAAUGGUGAUGAUUUGUUAUGGGCUAUGGCUACUUUAGGAUUUGAAGAUUAUAUAGAACCACUUAAGGUGUACCUAGCAAGGUACAGGGAGUUAGAGGGUGACAGUAAAGGAUCUGUUAGAAACGAUGGAUCUGGUAGACGGGAUCAAGUUGGUCAUCCAGGUCAAAAUGCUCAGUUUGUUCAUCAGGGUUCUUUGAACUAUAUUGAUUCUCAGGUGCAUCCACAACAUCUGGUUAUGCCUUCAAUGCAAAACCAUGAAUAGAUUAGAUGCUUCUCCUCUUUCACCAUUUCCCUAGCAAAAGAAAAGAUGCUUCUCCUCGUCUCAUUUAUGUCACAUUAAUGCUUGUGCCUGUGGGAUGAAUGGAAACAAUGAUUUGGUGAUUUUAAAUUUAGGUACUCGUGUGUGGAAAGCAUGGGUGUCAAAUUUUUGUUUCGAUAUUAAUGUAGAUUUUUAAUACAAUUACUAUUAUCAAGUUUAGCUGCCUUGCCCACUAAGGGAAGAUAAUGUGUUCUGCAUGUGAUUGGCCAUGUAACUUGUCAUGGUGAGUAGUGCCUGUUUUGAUAACUUUGCUUAGAUAUUAGUAUAUCAUUAAUACAAACUGCAGUUAUUGUCAAAGAAA